AUGCUGGACAAGAUCGUUCUGCUCGGCCACGCCACGGCGGGGAAAACCUCACUGAUCCAACAGUUCACAGAGAGAACAUACCGCCGUACCUACUCCCCCACCAUUGAGGACUUCUAUACACAGGUGGUUAAGUACCCAGAUGGCCUAUUUCAGGCGGUCGAGAUCAUCGACACGUCCGGCGGAGACGACUUUCCGGCAAUGCGAUCUCUACGAAUAACUCAGGGCACUAUGUUCAUCGUAGUCUACGCCCUUGACGACAUACACUCCUUCCACAUGGCCUUCAACUACUGUAACAUGAUCAAAACAUGCAGAAAAAAAGUCAGCCUUCCCAUUCUGAUCGCUGCCAAUAAACUGGAUAAUGCCGAAAAAAGAAUCAUCACUUCGGACAUGGCACUCGGCAUGGCUAGAAAAUUGAACUGCCCCCAUAUCGAGGUAAGCGCCAGAUGGAACCUGAAUGUCACCAGCAUGUUUGAUAUGAUCCUGACCUUGAAGUGUGCAAUGAAAAAGGAAACCACAGUUCAGCCAAGCAAUGAGGAUACAGUUCCAAGACCUCGCUUUAAUUGCUUCUCUAGCGAGAGGAAGAUUCCGAGUCGGGGAAAGUUUCCCAUUCAAAGGUCCAAUACUUUUCAUGGGUUCUCCGAAGCAACUAUUGCAAGGGCAAAGGUCAAUUCAAAGCGGAUGAGAAGUUUCCAUGUGAAAGAUUCAGGGGAUUAA